AUGGCAGUAUUGAAGCGAGUGAUCCUGUUUGCCGCCAUCCUUAUAGUCUUGACGGCGGUCAUUACACCAAUUGUAUUGCUAUCUAGGCGCAAGCCAAAGGGGUCUAGGACUCCAGUAGCUCUCGAUGUCUCAGGCAAGAUCUCAGAGAGGAUAAAGGUCGAAAAGUACGGCACGACCCCCGAAACCAUUCAGUAUCUCAUUGAGAGGUCCAUGGCAAACGAGUACAAAAUCGGCGAUGUGUUUGAUGGACACGAGUUGAUCAUGAAGGAUUACGAGAAGAAUUUGGAAAAGGCUGUCGUUGUCAUGAAAUUUCCAGAUGGAACCAUGUACGUUAUUAUCUCCAAGGUCGAUUUGGUCGGUGGUACAGAAAAAAAGGGAAGUGAUGCCGUGGAGGUUACAGUCUUUGAAUUUGCCAAGAAACAAGGUGAAGCAGCAUACUCUAGAGUAGAGAGAAGACCCAUUGAAGUCGACUUGAUGAACCCACCCCAAAAGAUUACAAAAGUUUUGAUUGAACCCAAAAAGGCCAUGUACAAUGUCGUCCCUGACGAGUUGUUUUCCCUGCGACUUGGCACUCUAAAGCAUGGAGAGCAGGUUGUGGAGGAGGAUGAGGAGGACGAUAUCCAAAAGAUUGUAAUUUUAGACACUAAUGGCCCGAACCCCAAAGUUGUGACUGUAACCUCCAAAAGAAAUGGGCAAAAUAUUGAGAGGGUUUACGAACUUGUAGACUCUAACUUUAAUCUGAUUAGUAAAAAGGCCAAGACAACUUUUAUGUUCUGA